UGUCUCACGGUUUAUUUACGUUUAUAUGUGUAUAAAUAAGUUUAUUUUCAGAGCGAUUUUAUUGAAGACUUAUUGACAACAAUUAAAACCAUUUUGACAACUCUCAGUUUAAUGUUGUAUUUUUUGUCUUGUGCUUACAAUAGACAUAACAUACGUUGUUGUUAUAUAAAAUGUUUGGAUGUUUUGUCCUACAACAAAAAUACAUGUUUAAAAAUGUCGUCUGUAUUUAUCAUAAGUGGUAUGCAUUUGUUUUGGUUGGUUGUGUUUUUUGUCAACUCAAUAACGACCCAAGAGCCUGCCAUCAAUCUAGUGCUUUAUGCUCAAGAUUUUGUCUGUUUCAUGUUUGAAAUGCAGUUUUAUGUGAUCUUAUUGCUGGUGAAAUCAUCACUUGAAAUGGUCACUCAUAGGAUAUCCAACUUUUUUCAUAUGAUCAAGGAAAACAAAAUUGAUACAAAACUUAUUUUGCCAGAUUACUUUGCAAAUUGUUUAGAAGAUACUAGAUUGUUACAUAUGGAGAUAUUUGACAUAAUGGUAAAUGUUAAUAUAAUAUAUGGCCUUAAUACAUUAACCAUAAUUAUGCAAUCAAGAAUUUUGCUAGCCAUAAACUUGUAUUCAUACAUAACAAGUUUUUCAGUAAUUGAUUUUGUAGAGUGUAUGGCAACAUUUCAAAGAGUUGCAUUACUAUGUUAUUGCUGUGAACUGAUCAAACGAAAUGAAAAUAUUAUUAGAAGUAUGGUUAAUGAAAUGGAUAUAAAUUUAUUGCCAGGAGAAAAUUAUAAGCAACAGAGACUUUUAUUUAACCAUCAAGUACAAAAAUUAAAGUUUGAUUUGGAUGCUUUAGAAAUGUUUUCAAUAAAUUUAGAAACACUAUUAUCUAUAUUAUUAACUACUGCCAGUUACCUUCUUCUAUUCAGCCAGUUAAAUUUAACUUUAUAGAGUUAAUAAGUUUAAUCUGAAUCAUUUUGUGUCAAAUAAUAAUUAAUAUUUAACCCUUUCACUACUCUGAAGUACUAUUACAUCUAAAACAUUUGUACCACUGAUCUAGACAUAAGGUCGGAUUGGAAAAUUUUGGCUGUAUUAUACUAAAAAGUGUAAUAUGAAAUAUAAGUACUAUAUAUUUACAGCUUAAAAUGUAUAAUUAAAUUGUUAGUUAACAAUUUAACAAACAAUUUGGAAAUUUGAUUAUGAUCUGAACUUAAGUCAUGUGAAGACUAAUCCACAACUCAUAAGUAUUCUAUUAGGACAUAAACUAUGAAAAUAGCAACUAAAUUGUUAGUUCAAGUUAAAGAAAUUGCUUAAU